UAAAGCCGUGGCUCCAUCUUUCUGGCCGGCUGUGUACUGAGACCUGAGCACUAAGGGGGCCCUGGGUGCUGGGAGAAGGCACAAGUGGGCUGUGACAGGUGCAUGUGGGACAUGGAACCAUGGCCUGGGACCCAGGAGCUGGAACAGUGUGGAUCCCGGGACUAAGUAGAGCCACUCGGGAGUGGGCAAGCCAUGUUAUUCGUUAAGCAGCCGCUGCGUGCCAGGCACUGUGCCAAGCCCUUUCUGUACCUUCUGAGGGGUUGUUAUUAUUCCCCUUUUACAGAUAGAGGCCCGGAGCUCAGAGUAGCUAGCUGAAUUACCCAGGGUCCUACAGCUAUCAAGUGGCAGAGCCAGGAUCCGAACUCAGGAGCUGCUUGGAGAUGCUGCUGUUCUUGUUGCUGUGCCUGCUGCUGCUGCUGCUGCUGCUGCUGCCGCCACUGGCCAUGCUCCGGCAGCAGCAGCCCCAGGAUGCCAGGCUGUCCUGGCUUGCCAGCCUCCAGUACCGUGUGGCAUGGAGGGCCCUGUUCUGGGCAGCUGCCUGGCAGCAGCAGAGACUGGAGCAGAGCACACUGCACGUGGGCCGGAGCCAGGAGCAGGCCCUGAGCUGGUGUCUGCAGAGAGCCCAGGGUCCCUGCUGUCCCCUCAGGGCGAGCACAGAUUUGAGCGACUUCCGGAAUCAUCUCCCUCUGACCAAGGCCAGCCAGGUCCAGGAGGAAGAAAGUGGGGGGCAGCUCCCGUCCCCUACCUCAAAACAGUACCAUGGGGAGGCCUCUCUGCAGGCCACCUUGCUGGGUCUGGCAGCCCUGAAUAAUGCCUACCCAGAAGUGCUGGCUCCAGGAGGCACGGCUCGCGUGACCCCUACCUCCCCCUGGCCCCGCCCCCUCCCCUGGCCUUGGCAUGCCCUGGGCCAUGUUAGCCCCCGUGGAGCCAAGGACCCUGGGGCCCUGCUGCUGGCAGCACUGAGGUCCCCAGGGCUGCGGGCACUGGAAGCGGGGACAGCAGUUGAACUCCUGGACGUCUUCUUGGGCCUGGAGGCCAAUGGCGAAGAGCUGGCUGAGGCCAUAGCUGCCGGGAACCCAGGAGCGCCUCUCCCGAGACGGGCAGCAGAGCUGCGGGAGGCUCUACAGCAGGGACCCCGAGGACUGGCCCUUCGGCUCUGGCCAAAGCUGCAGGUGGUGGUGACUCUGGACGCAGGAGGCCAGGCGGAGGCUGUGGCUGCCCUGGAGGCCUUGUGGUGCCAAGGGCUAGCCUUCUUCUCACCUGCUUAUGCUGCCUCUGGAGGGCUGGUGGGCCUGAACCUGUGGCCAGAGCAGCCCCGCGGGCUCUACCUCCUGCCCCCUGGAGCUCCCUUUACUGAGCUGCUGCCAGUCAAGGAAGGAGCUCAGGAAGAGGCUGCCUCCACGGUCCUGCUGGCUGAGGCCCAGGAGGGCAAGGAGUACGAGCUGGUGCUGACUGAUCACACCAGCCUUUCCAGGUGCCGCCUGGGUGAUGUGGUGCGGGUGGUUGGUACCCACAAUCAGUGUCCAGUCGUCAGGUUCAUCUACAGGCUGGGCCAGACGCUGAGUGUGCGAGGAGAAGACAUCGGUGAGGACACGUUCUCUGAGGCCUUGGGCCGGGCAGUGGGGCAGUGGCCAGGGGCCAAGCUGUUGGACCAUGGCUGUGUGGAGAACAGCAUUCUGGAUUCCUCCAAGGGCUCCGCUCCUCACUACGAGGUGUUUGUGGAGCUGAGGGGACUGAGGAACCUGUCGGAGGAAAAUCGAGACAAGCUUGACCGCUGCCUUCAGGAAGCCUCUCCCCACUACAAGUCCCUGCGGUUCCGGGGUAGCGUGGGCCCUGCCAGAGUCCACCUGGUGGGGCAGGGGGCCUUCAGAGCCCUUCGAGCAGCCCUUGCUGCCUGCCCCUCCUCCCCGUUCCCUCCUGAGAUGCCCCGGGUCCUCAGGCACCGGCACCUGGCCCAGCUCUUACAGAAGAGGGUGGUGUCCUGAGCCGAGGCCUGCCCAGUGCCCCAUCCACCCCCAGAGGCUGCCUCACUCUCUCCUCUGGGGCCUCUCUGGAUGGGGAGCCUGUGGCCAGGGUCUGACUCUGUGUCACCUGACAGUUCCCCAUCAGAGCUGCUGGGCUUUAGGGAGGUCCGACCUAGUUGGCCACUUCUGAGGAGUUGACUCCAGGGCUACAGAAGAUGCCAGCACUGCCUGCCUGGAGCCCUUUCAGCCCCCGCCCCGGAGGAUACUGGAGUUCCAGGACACACUAUGGGCUCCCGUGUCUCAGCCCAGUGCACUGGGCAGGCUGGAAGCAUUGGGAGUUAAUGCUCCCAGAAGCAGCCCUCAGUCAGCAAGGAACAGGAGUUGGUGAAUGUGGACCUCAGCUUCAUUGUCCCUCAGUGGCGCAGUUCUGAAGUGUGUUCUGCACCGUCUCUUGGAGGAUGCCCACCAGUUGCCCACAGCAGUAAUCCUGUCAUUAAUACAGUUUUUACUGGUUUUCCUCCCCUCCCUCCUGUCCCCACUCCCUUAUGUGCCUUCUAGGAUGACCUCCUAAAUAAAUCUCUUGCACCCAUA